CAUACAUACAUAAAUAUAUAUUAGUUUCUUUUUUAUGGUUUGGUACAUUAUCUAUUUAUUUUUGGGACUGUUUGUGUAAAUAAACACCAUUGCACUGAUGUGCUUUUGUGACUGAUCCAACAUUUCUUGUGCAGAGAGCCAUUACCAACCCCCCUCAUCACACAGAGACAGACACACAGUCAUAACAGAUGAACCAAAAGAGAAGAACAACCUGAAAUCAGGACGCGGUACAUCUUUAACUAGGUUUAGAAAAAGAAAUUAAGUUAAAGAGACACUUUUUAUGGCACAAAAUAAAGGACAGUAGUGUAAGAAAUGGGCGUUACUCACUUGAAUGUCCGCUCUCAUGUAAAGCAAAGGAAGACACUGAGCUAAAAUAGCGUGAUGUGGUAACCACAAUGUCCUUACUACUAAUAUCAUAUAGACGCGCAUAACCCUACAAGUGCAGUACGUGUGAAGGAGUAACAGAUUAUUAAGACAAACACUUGUCAGUAAAAUAGUACAAUAGUUUUUUUCCCCUCACGGAUAUUUUUGGCCAGUAGGCAACAUUUAGUGGAUCUACACGUGUCAGCUGUCUGAAGGCCGAUGUCACCAUGUUUUACAGAAAGUCGAGAAAUAUAACAUUAGCAGCGAUGCUCAUGUUACUGACAGGAGUUCAGGCUCAGCACAGUGUAACUCUCUCCUCUCAGAGUCUCUGUGCUGUUACUGGAUCUACAGUGAAAAUCCCCUGUACAUUUACACCUGGUCACUCCAGUGUCACACAGAGAGAGUGGUAUCGAGUCCAGAGCUCUGAAGGAGAACCACGAGACCUGAGCAAAGAUCCACAAUACUCAGGACGAGUGUCUGUAAGAACAGUGACGUCUGACUGUGAGCUGACAGUGAGGAAUGUGAGAGCGAGUGACUCUGGAGUUUAUAACUUCAGAUUUAAAACACGGAGCAAUGACUGGAUAUCAGCUCCAUCUGGAGUUCAUCUGACUGUUACAGAUCUGAAGGUUACAGUAUCAGACUCGGAGAGCUACAAGGUACUGAGGUGCAACACCACCUGCCCCUACAACCCCACUUAUGUCUGGUACAGGAACGGACUGUUUAAAGUUCAUCAGGACAGAGGUAAACUGUAUGUCAAUAGUGGGGAACCAGGCAGCUACUCCUGUGCUGUAAGAGGACACGAGGAGCUUCGCUCUCCUGCUGUCUGUCUUUUUGAUGAGAAGAGCUGCUGGAGUGUGACGUACUCCACCCAGAAUAUCUGCUCUCUGAUUGGAUCAUCAGUGGACAUACACAGUUAUUACACCUUCCCUAAUCGUUACAAGGUCACAGAAGUGUUCUGGUUCAUUAAAGAGCAGACUGGCGUUGAACCUGUGGAUGUGAGAGAGGAUGAGGAGUAUCAGGGCCGAGUGCAGUACACACAGAUCUCCCAGAAUAACUGUAGACUGAGAAUCACUAACCUGAGAGAGAGAGACGCUCAGACAUACAGAUUCAGAUUCUACACUGAUGAUCCUACAGGUGAAUACACCGGUGAUCCUGGAGUCUCUCUUUCUGUCACAGAUCUGAAGGUUACAGUAUCAGACUGGAGUGAGCAGUACAUGAAUCUCAUCUGCAUCACCACCUGCACUCUGUCUAACAACCCCACUUACAUCUGGUACAAGAACGGACAGCGUGUGUCUGAGUGUAAAUCUGCCUCCUGCUCUGUAGCUGCAGUCGGUGGUGCGGUCAGUUACAGCUGUGCUGUUGAAGGCCAUGACAGUCUCCUCUCUCCUCCAGUGUAUUCUCCUAAAAACACCAGCGCAGUGGUUCUUUCCUCUGGAGACACAGUGGAGGGGGGUUCAGUGACUCUGAGCUGUAGCAGUGAUGCAAACCCUCCUGUUCUCACCUACUCCUGGUUUAAACAGAGAGCAGCUGCAGACACACUGCUGACAACAGGCCAGAAUUACAGCAUCAGCAACAUCAGCUCCCAGCACAGCGGACUGUACUACUGCACUGCUCACAACCGGCUGGGACAGGACAACUCUACACCCACACUCCUGGAUGUGUUAUAUUCCCCUAAAAACACCAGCGCAGUGGUUCUUUCCUCUGGAGACACAGUGGAGGGGGAUUCAGUGACUCUGAGCUGUAGCAGUGAUGCAAACCCUCCUGUUCUCACCUACUCCUGGUUUAAACAGAGAGCAGCUGCAGACACACUGCUGACAACAGGCCAGAAUUACAGCAUCAGCAACAUCAGCUCCCAGCACAGCGGACUGUACUACUGCACUGCUCACAACCAGCUGGGACAGCACAACUCUACACCCACACUCCUGGAUGUGUUAUAUUCUCCUAAAAACACCAGAGCAGUGGUUCUUUCCUCUGGAGACACAGUGGAGGGGGGUUCAGUGACUCUGAGCUGUAGCAGUGAUGCAAACCCUCCUGUUCUCACCUACUCCUGGUUUAAACAGAGAGCAGCUCCAGACACACUGCUGACAACAGGCCAGAAUUACAGCAUCAGCAACAUCAGCUCCCAGCACAGCGGACUGUACUACUGCACUGCUCACAACCGGCUGGGACAGCACAACUCUACACCCACACUCCUGGAUGUGAAGGUGGAGGUGUGGAAGCUGUAUGCUCUAUGGGGAGCUGCUGCACUCGUUCCUGCUCUGCUUCUCUCUCUUCUUACUGCCGUUCUGUGCAUUAAGAGGAAGAGAGGAGCAGAGAGAGACACAGACAUUCAGAGUGUUCCAAAGCCUGGAGAUGACACACACACAGCACUGAACCUCAAGAAUACGUCCCCGGAUUAUGACACUCUGCAAAAUGUUCAAGACUCUGCCAGUGACACUUACACAACUCUGAAUCCUACAGCUAUGUCCUCUGAUUAUGACACGCUGAGGGGUGUGGCUCCUCGACUCAGUGAGGAGAAGUACUCCAGAACUGCAGAAUGAGAACGAACAGUUGAGUUUGGUUAGUGACUUUACAUUCAGCAUCAUGAACAGCACAGGAAGGUGCUCAGGGUGAGAGUUUUAGGAUUAGAGUUGAGGAUUAGAGUUAAACGGCAUUAAGACGUCACAACAAACUAAAUUCUGUCUUAAGUAAGUGUCAUUUGUUUGUUAUUCAAGCAGCUCCUUUAGUUUCUCAGGUGUCUUUCUGCACAUUUAAUAUAUUAUACAGUAUACACACACGCACAUGUAUAAUGUGUGUAGCGGCUUGGGAAACCCCUUCACAUUUUCUACUAUUUAUUGCUCUACAGCUUUUCCUCAUCAUCGUCUCUUCACUCGACUGAUCUCUGUUCACGUUAACAUCGGUGUGGAAAUCAUCACUGAUUAAUUCAGUUACUUCUGUUCUGUUGACCAAAUUCCUUGUUACUGUCCUUUUAUCCAUUUACCUAAACAAUUUACUCUGUAAAUAUUAUUUUCAAACUGAUAAUGAUACCAAGCUCCAUGAAGACGAAUUCUACUUUGCCUGAUCUGUUACUGUCCAAUGUUUAAAAUGUUUCUAUGUACAAGAAUAAAAUCAAGCUUUUGAAGGACA